AUGGCGGAGGUUGAUGCUCAUACACAAGAAGAGUUCUUUGACGUCCUCACCAAAACCGGACAGAAGACCGGCAUUUCCAAGCCCAGGCAAGCUAAACCCAAACCUCCUCUUUCUCUUUUCCUUUUGAUUACCCAGAUUUUACGAACACCCCAUUAUAUCGAAGAAUCAAGCAAGCAAGAAAGCGAGGAAAUUUGUUUGAUUGCGUUCACUCUUUUCUUGGGAGAUGUUCAUCGAGACGGAGAUUACCAUCGAGCUGUACAUGUGUGGAUUUUUGCUGAGAGUACACAGGAACUUCUUAUCCAACGACGAGCUGACUGCAAGGAUUCAUUUGCGGGGCUGUGGGAUAUCUCAAGUGCUGGACACAUAUCCGCUGGUGAUUCGUCACUCGUAACAGCUCGGAGGGAGCUCCAAGAAGAGCUAGGUGUAACACUUCCAAAGGACGCAUUUGAAAUGAUAUUCGUUUUUCUUCAAGAGUGUGUAACAAAUGAUGGAAAAUUCAUCAAUAAUGAAUUCAAUGAUGUAUAUUUUGUUACAACUGUAAAUCCAAUCCCUCUUGAGGCAUUUACUCUUCAGGAAACAGAAGUCUCUGCUGUUAAAUAUAUUUCUUACGAGGAGUAUAGAAGCUUACUUGCUAAAGAAGAUCUUGAGUAUGUCUCCUAUGAUGUAAAUGGGGAAUACGGUCAGCUUUUUGACAUAAUUGAAAGGAGGUACAAGGAGAACACUAUAGCUCGAAGUUUAUCUCUACAAAAGCAACUCCAACGUUAUGCCCCUGUUUCCCUCAGUGCUGAGUUAACAGGGCUUACAGAUGCAGACAGGGAGGCUCUGGUGUUACUAAUUAAGGCUGCAGCAAUUAUGGACGAAAUCUUUUACCUGCAGGUUUGGUACAGUAAUCCAGUUCAACGAGAUUGGUUAAAGGAGCAUGCUGAUGCAUCACAGUUAGACAAAUUGAAAUGGAUGUAUUACGUAAUUAAUAAGAGUCCAUGGUCAUCCCUUGAUGAAAAUGAGGCAUUUUUGACAACUGCGGAUUCGGCUAUAAAGUUGCUUCCUGAAGCGACUAGACCUGUUACUGGGUGGAAGGGACUUGAAUACAAAGCUGCGUUUCCUGUGCUGAAACCACCUGGUGCAAACUUCUACCCGCCAGACAUGGACAAAGUGGAAUUUGAAUUGUGGAAGACCAGUCUAACAGAGGACCAACAACAAGCUGCAACUGGCUUUUUCACUGUUAUUAAAAGACACAGUGAAUUCAGUCUGGAUUCUUCCUUGUAUAGUAGUACAGUUAGCAGCACAAAUCAUUCAGUGGGUUCCACUCAUGAUCUAUACAGUGUUCCUUUCUCCCAAGAGUAUAAUUCUUCCCUCACACGAGCUGCUGAGAUCUUGCAUAAAGCUGGUGACUUGGCCAGUUCUCCUAGUUUGAAGAGGUUUCUUCACAGCAAGGCGGAUGCUUUUCUUUCAAAUGACUACUAUGACUCAGAUAUAGCCUGGAUGGAGUUGGACUCAAAGCUGGAUGUUACUAUUGGUCCAUAUGAAACAUAUGAAGAUGCUCUUUUUGGAUAUAAGGCUACAUUUGAAGCAUUUAUUGGAGUUCGGGAUGACAAAGCAACAGCUCAAUUAAAACUUUUUGGUGAUAAUUUGCAGGUUCUGGAGCAAAAUCUCCCACUGGACAAUGUGUACAAGUCCAAAGAUGUGAUUUCUGCUCCCAUUCGAGUCAUUGAUCUUCUUUAUAAUGCAGGAGAUGUAAAGGGUCCUCAAACUGUUGCUUUUAAUCUACCAAAUGACGAGCGUAUAGUAAAAGAUCGAGGAACAUCAAUGGUCAUGCUGAAGAAUAUCUCAGAGGCUAAGUUCAAGCACAUUCUUCAGCCUAUAGCCGAUGUUUGUAUUACAAAGGAACAACAAAAACUUGUAGAUUUUGAAUCUUUCUUUACUCACACAAUUUGCCAUGAGUGCUGCCAUGGGAUUGGACCUCAUAGCAUAACACUUCCAAAUGGUAGAAAGUCUACAGUGAGAUUGGAACUGCAAGAACUCCACUCUGCUCUGGAAGAAGCAAAAGCUGAUAUAGUUGGCCUUUGGGCGUUGAAAUUCCUAAUCAACAAGGAUUUGCUCCCAAAGAGUUUAUUGAAGUCCAUGUAUGUUUCAUUUCUUGCUGGAUGCUUCCGCUCAGUGCGGUUUGGUCUUGAGGAAGCUCACGGAAAAGGACAAGCAUUGCAGUUUAACUGGUUGUAUGAGAAAGGAGCCUUUAUCUUGAACCCUGAGGAAACAUUUUCUGUUGACUUUACCAAGGUUGAAGGUGCAGUUGAGAGCCUGAGUAGGGAGAUACUCACCAUACAAGCAAAAGGUGACAAAGAGGCUGCAAAUUUGCUGCUUCAGAAACACUGCAAACUGACGGACCCAUUAAAAGUUGCUUUGCAAAGAUUGGAGAAAAUUCAGGUACCUGUGGAUAUAGUUCCCACGUUCUCGGUGGUUGAUAAAAUAUUGGAGCAAAGGCGCUAA